AUGCAUUCUGCCGCUACAUCUGUUAAGAGUGGUACAAAUAAUAAAACCUUGUUUUUAUAUGGAGGAAUGCCUAUUAAUGAUGAAACAAUAAAAGAUAAUUUAGAGGCCAUCGUUGAUGAUAAGGGGUUAAUGUAUUUAUUCAGUGGACAUUCCAAUGAUGAUGGAACUUAUUUUAAUGAUAUGCUUAUUUUAGAUACAGCUUACUUAUAUGAUAUAAUUAAUGAUAGCUGGAAUACUAAAAUAACACUGGGUAAAGUUCCUUCCAAUAGAAGUUCUUUUUCUGCUGUUCUAGGAUCAUUGGUCGGUAGUAUUUUAAUAUCAUUAGAAAGUUUAUUUUUAUAUAGAUGGAAUAAAAAUAAGAAGGAACUUACAAAAUCAAUACUAAAACCUGAAAGUGAAGAUGAAAUUUAUGAUCAAGAAGCUAUAAAAAUUUCUAUGCAAAAUAAGCACAAUCAUAAAA